UGGCCUUCUCCUUCCCAAUAUGGUCAACUCUUAGGAACCAACCUUGGCAACUUGUCGCACACCCCAAACUUCACCUUCGGCCAGAGGGGCGAGUACUGCUUGAUUAACAAAGGCACGGUAGAUGAACCUGGACCCAAUCAAUAUAACAUUGACCGUGCUUACACGCUUGUGCUUCACCGAUCACCCUCCAUCAUCAUCAACCCUGCCCCGUUCACUCUGUACAGAUGGAUCCCAAAAGAGGGGACUCCAGGUCCAGGGACUUACAACGUCGACAAAGGGUACAACGCUCGUCUGCCCAGGUGCCCCAGCUUCUACAUCCAAGGGGUCAGGCGACCCAAGAAGCACGAAACGGGCCCGUUUUCAACGCUGUGAAGGUAGCGACAACAACGGAAUUAAUCUGGACUCUUCUCCUCCUUUGUAACAUCUGUGGGCUGCUUGCGGUUAAUACAGGCUUGCAAAAAAAAAAAAAAAAGACAUAAAAACAGACCCUCUCCUCUUUAUAAGGCUUCUGGGGCAUUAGGCUGAGUUAUAUUAGCAAGG